AUGUCUGGCACGCUCAUCUCGUCCCUGGCGUGGGUUCCACGCGGGCGCGCCGCCCUCCAGCCGCGCAAGUAUGAGCUGGACGAGUCGGAGAUCGAGCGCGUCGGCAAGCUCGGCGGGCCAGGUGUGAUCGAGCAGAUCAAGGAGCAGAUGAUGGAGAUGGAGCAGGACGACGGCGAGUGGGAGGACAUGGGCGACGACGCGGGGGAUGAUGAUGAGGACGAGGAUGAGGAGGGAAACGAGGACAAGAUGGACGAGGACGAGGUCAAGCCCAGCGACCCUAACGACAUGUCGGCAUACAAGAUGGACGAGUAUGACGACGAGGAGUCGGGAGCGAUGGGCGCGUUCGCCAACGUCAAGGGCCUGUCGUACUAUCGCACCAACGAUGACGACCCGUACAUCACCCUCAAGGAGGACGAUGAGGAGAUGGAACGCGAGGAGCUCGCCCUGCUCGCGACGGAUAGCAUGAUCGUGACGGCGCGCACGACGGCUGACCUCUCAGGUCUCGACUUCCACGUCUACGACGACACGAACGAGACGCUGUACCCCCACCACGACCUGAUGCUGCCGGCGUUCCCGCUCUGCGUCGAGUGGCUCGACUUUGCCUCUGGCUCGUCCGACUCGUCCAAGACCGGUAACUUUGUUGCCGUGGGCUCGUUCGACCCGUCCAUCGAGAUCUGGGACUGCGACGUUGUCGACGGGCUGUACCCGCAGGCGAUCCUCGGCCCCCCUGGCUCGCUGGAGAAGCCCGUAGCAAAGCCCAAGGGCACGGGCAAGAAGAAGCGCAAGCAGAUUGUGCAGCCUACCGCCAACCCCGACCACCAUGUGCAGCCCGUCCUCACGCUGAGCUGGACGCCACGAUUCCGCAACCUCCUCCUCUCGGGAAGCGCAGACGCGACGGUCAAGCUGUGGGACCUGACGCGCGAGAGCCCAAUGGGCGCACAGAGCUCGUGGGACAAGAUCCACGGCGGGGAGAAGGUGCAGGCCGUCGAGUGGAACCGUGGGCCGAUGGGAUCGGGCGCCGACUCGGCGGUCCUCUCGGGCGGCUGGGACCGGACAGUGCGCGUGUGGGACGCAAAGUCCAAGGAUGGCGAGGGGUACUCUGUCGCGGUCGGGGCGGACAUUGAGUGUGUUCGUUGGGACCCUUGGGACUCGACGUCCUUUUAUGUGUCGUUGGAGAAUGGGCUUAUUCUGGCAUACGACGCGCGGACGAUGGGUGCCAAGCCCGCACAGGCCAAGUUUACGCUCUCGGCACACGACGGCGCAGCCUCGGCACUGGACAUCAACCCCCACGUACGCGGGUGUAUCCUCACGGCUGGCAUGGACAAGCAGGUCAAGAUCUGGAAUGUGUCGGACGACGAGAGCGAGGGCACGACCGGGCGCAAGCGCGAGGUGUCGCUCGUUGCGCACCGCGAUCUCGGACUCGGCAAGGUGUUUGCCGCGCGGUGGAGCCCCGACACUGAGACACCGCUGGCGCUCGCAGCGGCAGGUAGCAAGGCGACGCUGCAGGUUUGGGAUUCGGCUAGCAAUGCCGGUAUCCGUAAAGCCUUUGGUGAGCGGUUGAGGCGCGCGGGACGGGAGAUGGGCGCGGUUAAGGAGAGCGGGGGUGUUGUGCUUGUCAACGAUGGCGGCCCGGAUGAGGAGGACUAG